CCGACCGCAGUAUUCCAGCUAGGUAGUGGAGUAUAUGUUUUCCCCCUUUCCAACUUUUAUCUAGACUUACCAAGCAAUCAUGCAGCUCGAUGAGCCGAUCUGAUGAUGCGCAGCCUUUUAGAAUCUGGAAUCAGACUGAAAACAGGACACAUGCGCUCGCCAGAACUCGAUAAUCCCACAGGUACGAACCUUCCACACUCCACAGAUGAGAGAGCUUCUCUCUGCUUUGAGCAGUUUGGUGGCAGACUUUUACUCAAUUGUGUCGUGAACUAUGAGGAGGGAAUGUAUGGACUCGGGCCACAGCUCUAUGAGGACAGUCUGGCGUUCCGCCGUCGACAUGAGCGGGGCAAGUUGCAAAAGUCGAACUAGGAUCAGAGCAAUUCCAUGUCGGGCUCCGGUGCAGGCCUGUAGGAUAUUCCCUCAGAUUCGAUUCUUGCCCAAGUGACCGAGACGAGGUCGGCAGCGCCACCCUGACGCAGUACAGUACAGGGCCGUGCAGUUGUACCGGACUGUCACAGAUGUCAGGCCGAGGGAUCGAAUGUGCAAAGCUCAAGAUACAUCAGCUCGAUUGAAACUGUGCGAGCAAGACCACGACGUAUGUCGCUGACGGCGUUGCGUCAGAUACCACGUCCAUCAUUCCGGGCUCGAGUUCAGAGUACACACUUGAUGCAAGGUUCCGGACGAGAUGGUGUGUUUGUAGAUUCACGCUGGCCAGACCUCUCUAUACAGUAUUGGGCGCAUUCCGUAUGUUCCGUAUCUCAAC